GUAUAAUCCAAAAUGGCAGCACCCUUGAGGUCGUUUUGCACCACAGUUUUAAAGCAGACUACACGACAGUUUUCCUCGACAUGUGUGACCUGUGCUGGAAACAAGUGGAGAUUGGAACAUGGUUUAGCACGUAGUGGAUCAGAGUAUGGGCCAUUAACAGAUCUGCCUGACUGGUCCCAUGCAGAUGGCAGGCCUGCACCCCCACUGAAAGGACAGAUCCGCAGACAAAAUCAAAGAGAGGAGUUUGCUAAAAGAGCAGUGUAUCUCAAUGCAGAGAUGGAUGAAGGGAUGGACCAAUGGCAGAAGAGGAAGAACAACGAGAGACAGAAAGAAGAGCACUUGAGAUCUUUAAUGCUGAAACCUAAAGGCAAUUUAUUAUUAAAGAACAAGAAGUAAAUGUG